UUGAAAUGUUUCUUACAAAGACGAGCAAACAAACAACAACAGGCCUGUCAAUUGUCAUUGCCAUAGUAGAGACACGGCAAUGGGGGGAAAGUAAAGAUAUAUGUAAGAAAGGCUGGUUUGGGUUUGGGGGAUGAAAAAAGGCUGUUGAGCCAUGUGUUAUGUAAAUACUAAAUUCUAAAUAGACAGGCAUCGGCAGGGCAAUUACGGAAAUUGGUGUGUCACCUUCAUCCGUCAUUCCCUCCUCCAAAUUACAGCUACUCACGGCUGAAGCUCAAACAACAUGGUAUUGAUGUCCGAGACAUCCUUCGAUGCUUGUUCUAAGCUCAUCUCCACUCCCAAACUCAGCAACUCUUUCACCACCCGUAUCUUCUCUGACGUUGCUGGCGACAUUACAAUUGCCGUUGAUGGAGAAUCAUUUCUACUGCAUAAGUUUCCACUUGUGGCUAGAAGUGGAAAGAUUCGAAAAAUGGUUGCGGAUGCUAAGGACUGCAAUGCUUCGAAAUUGGAGCUCCUUAGCUUACCAGGCGGCCCUCAGGCAUUCGAACUUGCUGUGAAAUUCUGUUAUGGAAUGAAUUUUGAGAUCACGACAGCAAAUGUGGCCCAUCUGCGUUGCGUGGGAGAAUACCUGGAAAUGACGGAAGAGUAUCGCGAAGAUAAUCUGAUUGCACGGACAGAGAUUUACCUGAAUGAGAUUGUGGGAAAUAAUCUGGAAAAAUCAGUGCAAGUUUUGGUGUCCUGUGACUGUGACUGUGAGGCUCUGAGUUGUGUGGCUGAGCAAGUAGGAAUAAGAGAUGCUUGUGUGGAGGCGAUUGCCAUGAAUGCUUGCAAGGAGCAACUGGUGUCGGGUCUGUCUAGAUUAGAUUAUGUUAGUGAUUCUCCAGAGCUCAAGUGCGCUACUGCGGAGUGGUGGAUUGAAGAUCUGUCAUCCCUACGGAUUGAUUCUUAUCGAAGGGUCAUUUGCGCCAUGGCAAGAAAAGGCAUUCGACCAGACACCAUUGUAGCAUCUCUUAUGCAUUAUGCUCAGGCAUCGUUAGAGGCCACAUCAACAUCAUCAAGUUCAAGACUAAAACUAUCUCCUCUUGGGCUACAAGAUUUAACUUACCAAAUUACUAUAGUGGAGAGCUUAGUAAGUCUAAUGCCCACAGACAAAAGCUGUAUCGUUCCACUUAGUUUUCUGUUUGGGAUGUUGAGGAUGGCCAUCAUGAUGGACACUAACAUUGCCUGUAGGCUUGAGCUUGAGAGGAGGAUUGCCUUUCGCUUGGAAAUGGUUUCACUUGAUGAUCUCCUCAUACCAUCAGCCCGAGUUGGGGAUAUGUUAUUUGACGUCGACACUGUUCACCGCAUGAUACUUAAUUUUUUGCAGCGGGUAGAGGAAGAAGAAAAUGAAAGUGAAGACUGUGGAUAUGAAUCUGAUCAGGGCCUUGGUUCUCCAAGCCAUGGUUGUUUAUUAAAAGUUGGUAGACUUAUUGAUGCAUAUCUAGCUGAAAUUGCUCCGGAUCCUUAUUUGAGCUUGCACAAGUUUGUUGCUAUGAUUGAGGUACUGCCUGAUUAUGCACGUGUCAUCGACGAUGGGCUUUACAGGGCAGUUGACAUUUAUUUGAAGGCCCACCCAAAGCUAACAGAAGAGGAGUGCAGAAAACUGUGCCAGUUGAUAGACUGCGAGAAACUAUCUCAAGAAGCAAGCAACCAUGCUGCAAGAAAUGAGCGGCUACCUGUGAAUAUGACGGUGCGGAUUCUCUACUUGGAGCAGCUGCGUUUGAAGAAUUCAAUAUCGGGAAAUACAGGAGAUGGAUUGCUGUCACAGAGAAUGAGUAGUGGAGUAGCAAGUGCAGCAAUGUCACCUCGAGAUAAUUAUGCUUCUCUAAGGAGAGAGAACAGAGAAUUAAAGCUUGAGAUAUCUCGCAUGCGUGUGAGGCUAAGUGAGUUGGAGAAGGAGCAAUCGUUUAUGAAACAGGGGAUGAUGUGUAAGAGCGGAAACGGAACAACUUUCCUGACUUCACUGUCAAAAGGAAUUGGAAGGAUUGGAAUUUUCAGCAAUAGCAGCCCAGGAGAAGGGAAGCGGAGAAAGGCUGGACGGAAAAAGUGCAGAUCAUCAGCUGGUCUACUGUAGUAUACAAGUUAGAGUAGAGCAUGUGGCGGUCACGUGGUAGGCAAAUUUAAUUUGACAAUAUAAUAUGUAUAUGAAGAAUCAAGUGGGAAAUAGAAGCCCUGAGAUUCCCACAGGGUGUCUCAGAAAUACUUUAAAUCCCAUCUCCAUCAAUCGCCCAAACAGAUCCCUGACGGCCACAACGGCAGGGCAUGAUUCUUCUUGAUGAUGAUAUGGCGCAAAGUCAGACCGCGCGCCCCAAGUGGAGUCCUACAAGUGGGAACAGAGUCGGAGGCCACAUCCUAAUUCCUAUCGAUCAAAAUGUGCUGUAUUCCACCUGUUCGUUUCUCCUGUAAGAUAGAAUCAUGGACGCUUUAUGAAAGUGGGCACCAAAUUCCGUCCGGUUCAUUGAAUUAGAAACGACAUUUUGGAACACUAUUAAAAAGAAUUGGGGAAAACAGGCAGUUUGAAAACUAUUUAGGAAAUAAGACCAGUAUUUUUGUCCAUAUUCUUAUGUGACCCAUGCUUCUCAGCUGAAAGCCAGGUGGAAUAGGGAUUUGCUUACAAACAAAAUACAACUAGUAAUGGUUCGUUAUGUGUCUGUAUGUGAAACCAAGUGUGAAUCGCUAAUUAUAUUGGUAAUUCGUGUUGUCAUUCAA